AUGGACAACAACGAACCUCCCUUCUCUUAUCGUGUAACCGGCGAAGCCGCACGUCUCCGAAGAUCUCGCCUUCGUUCCCAAAGAGCAGAAUACGAAAGACUCGCGGGAAUAGAACCGGUCGUUUUUGCUAAUCUCCCCGACUUCCCUGAUCUCUUUGUCUGGGAACGGCCGGCGAAGGUUGGAGUUGUCAAACCUUCUCAAGAAACUGCUGAGAAAAGCGAUUGGAUUAUCGAUAAGGGCAGUGUGAUAAUUGGAAAGAGAAUCGAACGAGACUUAUAUACAGGGACUUUUGGAAACGAGACAGUGAAUAUCAAAUAUCUCAGCCCUCGUAUCGAUGCUAAAGAGCUGCGUCACUACUGUGCACGAGAACUUGAACCACAAAAAUAUUGUGAGAAUCCUACGUGUUGGCAUCUUGUCAAAGAGCAUGGUUGUCAUAUCCGAGCCUCUGCAUGUGGUGGAAGAAAAGUAUCCGACUCUCAGCAGAAAGACUUUGCAUCUUUGGUGAGGAUUGCUCUGGAUGUUUCAGAGGGAAUGUCAUUUCUACAUGGCAAGAACAUCGUACAUGGGAAUCUGUGCAAGAAAAACAUCGUAAUGGGUCAAAAUAAGAUGGCCAAAAUCUGUGGGUUUGGCUUGGCUGGUGGCAAUAUACACCAGCAAAUGGGAUGUCUUUUGCUUCGGCUGUGUCAUAUGGGAAAUCUUAACUGGAAAGUGGCUCAAGAUAUCCUUGAAGAGUACCCAGGAACGCAGCUAUUGGAGGACCUAGAAGCUGACUCAGACCCUUUACUUCCUAUCUCCAAAUUCCUCAUCAUGAUGCUUUCUGAUCAGACUGACACUAAGCUACUCCAGCUGUUCGACAUGUGUUGGAUUCAACUUCCCACACCAUCUUUCCAACAAAUCUCUGAGUUCCUUAGGAAAAUGAUAUGA